CUUGUUCCGCUCUCCCAGCCUUCUAUUUUCGCACUUGUAUUUUUUUACUUUUAUUCCGAAGCCACUCGCAAAUGCAGGUCCACGCAGCCGACAUUCGGAAGGGCAUAAAGGAGGAGGAGUUUCCUGUGCUCAACGAGGCAGCAGCCCUCGCAGGCACAUCCUCGCAGGCGGCCGCUCCGCCGCCUUACUCACCGUUCGACCCAACCGAUAUUUCAUUCCCAGACACCCAGCCCUCGGCCCCGCCUGUCCCACCGCAGCAACAGGCAGCAGCAGCAAUCUCAACUGUCUCAGCUAAUCAGAAUACCAGUCCCUCAGCUCCAACGAGUACUACCACCCAGCCAGCUUCCCAGGGCUACCAGGUGGUCCGCAUUGCUAAUGGGGAAGGGGAGAGCCUUCUUCCCCGCGUGCGCUCGGCACAAGAUGCAUCUGGCGAUCUGCGUCCGCUGGCCACUGACGUCCACUUCCACCAUCAGGGGCAGCGCAGGCACUCGCUCCAGCGCCGUCGCGUCCUCCACAGGGGGCGCGGGUGCCUGUCGCGCUGCUGCUGCCAGAUAUUCUCAUGCUGCUGCUUCCUGGUGGGUCUGGCCUUCAUCAUUGUUCUCUUCUCAAUCGCGGUGAUGAUUGCACGCCAAGUGUUCCCGCCAGGCGGGGACUGGAAUUGCUCGAAUCUGAUGAUCCAGAAGAACGAGACCUUUGCUUUUGGGCUCAGCCGGUCGCUAUACAUUGAGAGUGUCGAGGGCAUGUCGAUCUCAACCCAAGCUCCGAUACCAUUGAUCGUCAAUGUGGUCGCUGAGGCUGGCAAGAGCAACACCAGGAACAAGAUCGCCUUUGUCUGGCCGCGCGACUGUGUGCGCAUUACUCUAAACAUUGCUGUGCCGCCGCACAUUGGUCCUGCUGCCAUGCCGCUGCUACACGUGGUGACAUCGACAGGGUCAGCUCAGGCGCUGGAUUUGGCGGCAAUUCCAGUAAAGGAUCUUGACAUUCAGAUCCAUAACGGCCCAAUCCAGCUGCGGUCGCUGUCUGUUCUAAGAGACAUCCAUGUCGUGUCAUCCAACGGACGCAUCAGCAUCAAUGAUGUGCGGGCUCCAGGUACCAGCACAGUGGAGUCCUCAAACGGGGCACUGGUUGUUGACAGGACUCACACCUCCAACGCUGUGGUGCGUGCCUCACACAUCAGCGGCAGCAAGGAGCUGACUAUCCGUACAGCGAACGGCAAUAUUGCUCUCGAGUCAAUCGAUCUGACGACCAACGCUGGGGCAGUGGACGCCACGGUGCACACAUCCAACGGUAACAUCGAGGAUAUACCUUCCAAGGCGCCUGGCCCUGCUCCUAAGACUAUUGAGGCAUCCUCUUCAAACUCGCGUGUGGAGCUGACGCUGAGCCAGAUCCGCGGCACCUUCGAUGUCAAGACCUCCAAUGCACGCGCUCAGGUCGAGGGCUCUGAUGACGUGCUGAAGUUUGAGCGGAACUCGAGCUCGCGCAAGAUGGGCGUGUAUGGCAGGGCUAAGGGCGGGAACGUUACCGUAACUUCAAGCAACGGCCAGGCAUCCUUGAUUUUUGACGAUACUCUGUGGGAUCAUUAAGUUUCAGCGUGCUUUUUAUGUUUCAAAUCACAAAGUUGGUAUUCUACGA